AUGACAUUUGUACAGAGACAGCGUUCCCUUCAAAAACCUAGCAUUUAUUUCCGUCCACAGAACCCAACAGAUAUAAGUCAGCACUGUAACCCACAGAUUUCUUGCUGGUUCCCUAAUCCCACUUUUGCCCCAAACAGUCAGCAGAAAUUUGAGAUCUAUAGAUCUAAUAACAAAGCAAGCAGAGAAUAUAUAGUUGCAUCAACUAAAAAGGUGUCAUUUUCUGCUCUUCUCAAGGACGUUGCCAAUGUUCUGGAUUUCAUGGAGAGAUUAAAGAAUGAAGAAGAUCAAAAGGCUGUUGGUGUGGAUCUAAUUGAAAAACUGACAUUUAUUUGUACAUAUGUCCAGCUUUCUUAUUCCGAUUUUGAGCAGUUUGAAGAUAUAAUGACUAGAAAAACACAAGAGGUUGAGAAUCUGCUUCAACCAAUUUUGGAUGAUGAUGGCAAAGACGUCGGGUGUAAAUAUGUCCUUACUUGCCUCGCCGGUACUAUGGAUGACUGUAUCAGCUUGUAUCAUCGUUCUAAAUCAGAUGCCACCAUGAUGGAUAAGCAAUUGGACUUACUCCUCUUUAAUCUCUAUCAUCUAUCCAAGCAUCGUGCUGAAAAGAUGUUUCCUCGAGUGACUCAAUAUGAGGUUCUUCAGAAUGUAUGUGGCAACAUCAGAGAUUUCCAUAGGUUGAUAGUGAAUGGUUGCAUUAAACAUGAGAUGGUUGAGAAUGUCUUACCUCUGUUUCAACUGAUGGCUGAGAGAGUAGGACACUUCCUUUGGGAGGAUCAGACUGAUGAAAAUGCUCAACUCUCCAAGCGAGAUGAGAAUGGUAGAGACUCUCGACUCUUCAAGCUAGCACAUCUACUCUUGAACAUUGUUCCAACUGAACUGGAGGUUAUGCACAUGUGUUAUACAAAUUUGAAAGCUUCAACUUCAGAAGAAAUUGGACCCUUCAUUAAGCAGUUCCUGGAAACCUCUCUGGACAUUCUUCGGGAAAAUCUUAUUCAUCUACAAGAGCACAUGAUAGCUGUUAUUACCCCUAGCACUUUAGGGGCUCGAAACAUUCAUGUCAUGAUUGAGUUCCUAUUAAUUAUUCUUUUUGAUAUGCCCAAGGACUUUAUUCAUCAUGACAAAUUAUUUGAUCUUUUGGCAUUUGUUGGAGCACUUAUCAGGGAGGUAUCAACUCUUGUUCACGACUUAGAAGAGAAAUUAAGGAAUAAAGAGAGUACCAAUGAGACAAAUCGUGCAACCGUAAAGUUGCUGGGAAAUAUUGAACUCCUCAAGGAAGAUCUCAAACAUGUUUAUCUGAAAGUACCGGAUUCAUCUCAUUGUUGCUUCCCAAUGAGUGAUGGACCUCUCUUCAUGCAUCUGCUACAGAGACACUUAGAUUAUUUGCUGGAUUCCAAUGCUUAUUCAAUAGCUUUGAUAAAGGAAGAAAUUGUGCUGGUGAAACAAGACCUAGAAUCAAUAAGAUAUUUUUUCAUGAAUAUUGAGCAAGAAUGGUAUAAAGAUCUCUGGGCACGUGUUUUAAAUGUGGCAUAUGAGGCAAAAGAUGUCAUUGAUUCAAUUAUUGUUCGAGAUAAUGGUCUCUUACAUCUUAUUUUCUCACUUCCCAUUACCAUAAACAAGAUCAAGCUUAUCAAAGAAGAGGUCUCCGAUUUACAUGAGAAGAUUCCCAAGAACAGAGGUCUCGUUGUUGUAAAAUCUCCCAAGAAGCUAGUUGAAAGCGAGUCAUCACCGGCUGGUAAAAUAAUUGUAGGUUUUAAGGAGGAGACAAAUUGGUUAAUGAAGAAGCUCACCAGUGGACAGGCAGAUCUAGCUGUCAUUUCGAUCACUGGUAUGCCGGGUUCCGGUAAAACUACUUUGGCGUACAAAGUAUACAAUGAUAAAUCAGUUUCUAGCCAUUUCGACCUUCGUGCAUGGUGCACGGUUGACCAAGGAUAUGACGAGAGGAAGUUGUUGGACAAAAUUUUCAAUCAAGUUAGUGACUCAGAUUCAAAAUUGAGUGAGAAUAUUGAUGUUGCUGAUAAGCUAAGGAAACAACUGUUAGGAAAGAGGUAUCUUAUUGUCUUAGAUGACGUGUGGGAUACUACUAUAUUAGAUGAGUUAAGAAGAUCUUUCCCAGAAGUAAAUAAAGGAAGCAGAAUUAUAUUGACGACUCGAGAAAAGAAAGUGGCUUCACAUGGAAAGCCCUACACUGAUCUUCUUAACCUUCGAUUGCUAAGAUCAGAAGAAAGUUGGGAGUUAUUAGAGAAAAGGGCAUUUGGAAACGAGAGUUGCCCUGAUGAACUAUUGGAUGUUGGUAAAGAAAUAGCUGAAAAUUGUAAAGGGCUUCCUUUGGUGGUGGAUCUGAUUGCUGGAGUCAUUGCUGGGAGGGAAAAGAAAAAGAGUAUGUGGCUUGAAGUUGUAAAUAAUUUGCAUUCUUUUAUUUUGAAGAAUGAAGUGGAAGUGAUGAAAGUUAUAGAAAUAAGUUAUGACCACUUACCUGAUCAUCUCAAGCCAUGCUUGCUUUACUUUGCAAGUUGGCCAAAGGACACUGCAGUGACAAUCUAUGAGUUUAAACUUUUAUUGGAUACUGGAGGAUUUGUGGAAAAGACGGAAAUGAAGAGUACGGAAGAAAUGGUGAAGAUUUAUGUGGAUAAUUUAAUUUCCAGUAGCUUGGUAAUUUGUUUCAAUGAGAUAGGUGAUGAACCAACUUGCCAAGUUCAUGAUCUUGUGCAUGACUUUUGUUUAAUAACAGCAAGAAAGGAAAAGUAUUUUGAUUUCAUAAGUUCAAGUGCUCCAUCAGAUUUGUUGUCAAGUCAAAUUACCAUUGAUGAUGAUGAGGAGCACUUUGGGCUUAAUUUUGUCCUGUUCGGUUCAAAUAAGAAAAGGCAUUCUGGUAAACAACUCUAUUCUUUGGUCAUAAAAGAAGAAAAGCUGGACGACCAUCUUUCUGAUACAUUUCACCUAAAACACUUGAGGCAUCUUAGAGCAUUGUACCUGGAUCCCUCUUUUAUUAUGGUGAAAGAUUCUUUGCUGAAUGAAAUAUGCAUGUUGAAUCAUUUGAGGUACUUAAGCAUUGGGACAAAAGUUAAAUCUCUGCCUUUGUGUUUCUCAAACCUCUGGAAUCUAGAAAUCUUGAAUGUGUAUAACGAAGAAUCAACCUUCAUACUAUUACCGAGAAUUUGGGAUCUUGUAAAGUUGCGAAUGCUGUAUGUGAGUAAUUGUUCUUUCUUUGAUAUGGAUGCAGAUGAAUCAAUACUGAUAGCAGAGGACACAAAGUUAGAGAACUUGACAUCAUUACAUAAACUCGUGCUUUCCUAUUGGAAAGAUACAGAGGAUAUUUUCAAAAGGCUUCCCAAUCUUCAAUAUCUUACAUUUGAACUCAAGGAAUCAUGGGAUUAUUCAACAGAGCAAUUUUGGUUCCCGAAAAUGGAUUGCCUAACUGAACUAGAAGAACUCUCUGUAGUUUUUAAAAGUUCAAACACAAAUGAAAGUGGGUCCUCUGCAGCCAUAAAUCGGCCAUGGGAUUUUCACUUCCCUUUGAGUUUGAAAUGUUUGCAGCUGUAUGACUUUCCUCUGACAUCUGAUUCACUAUCAACAAUAGCGAGAAUGCCCAACCUUGAAAAGUUGUGCCUUUAUCGUACAAUCAUCCAUGGGGAAGAAUGGAACAUGGGGGAGGAAGACACCUUUGAGAAUCUCAAAUUUUUGAAGUUGUAUCAAGUGACUCUUUCCAAGUGGGAGGUUGGAGAGGAAUCCUUUCCUGCGCUUGAGAAAUUAGAACUAGAGAGAUGUCGUAAGCUUGAGGAGAUUCCACCUAGUUCUGAGUAUAUUUGGUCACUCAAAAUUAUCAAACUUGUAGAGAGCCCUCAACUUAAAGAUUCCGCAAUGAAGUUUAAGGAAUAUGCUGAAGAUAUGAGGGGAGGAGUCGAGCUUAAAGUCGUUGGCCAGAAGAAUAUCCCGUUAUUGAAGUGAACAGCAACCAUCCUUCCUGAUGUGGCUCUUCCUAGAAGUGAGAACUUUGCUGCCCGACCAAGGAAAUAAGGAGAAGAUUGAAAGGGUUAUGAAUUCCAUUGAAUUAGCCUUAUUUGAUCGAAUCGGUCAGGCGGAAAUUGACACCAAUCUUGGAAUAUGUGUAUAAGUGUGUUUGAUGAAAGUCUCAACUGAUCUAUUUGUGAAUAUUAUGUAAAAUUUGAGUAGAUGAGCAUGUGUUGUUUUGUGCUCUUUUUCUUCUUUCUCAUUUUCAACAUUUUUUAAUCUACUUGAAAAUCCCAUUUCAUUCGUUGUCUUUCUCUUAUAGUCCAACUAUUAUUACCAAGCUAGUAUUAGUACAUUUAUGAAUCA